UCUAUCCAAAAUACGUAGUACAAUAGAUAUAGACCGAUAUGGGCGCCUUGAGAACACCAUUAGUAAGCAAGUUUUUUAUAAUCAGCCUCAUCCUUGUUGGAAUGUCAUCAGUCUCCAUUAGCAAUGCUGCGAAGAGCUUCUACAUUGCAGGUGAUUUGGGUCCAUGGGGAUUUCUCGAGCACUAUGAUUCUUGGGCUUUCAAGAGGUCCUUCGGUGCAGGAGAUAUAGUUGUUUUCAAGUACCCUGCUACGGUGCACAACACUGUUCGCGUAAGUAUUGCGGGAUACAAUAGUUGUGAGGCUACUAAAACAGAAUCAAUGAACGCGUCGUGGACAGGAAAUGAUAUGUAUUCACUGAGAAAAGGAUAUAACUACUUCAUCUGUGGCAUUCCAGGACAUUGCAAUGCAGGCAUGAGGAUCAAGAUUUUUGCCAAGUAGAAAGCCUUUGACAGAUGAUGCUAAGCGACUAGCCAACCAAGUACUAGUACUAUCAUUGGAUAGUCAAUGGUGUAUUACAAAAACAAAAAUGUAAACCUUGGUUGAGAUAUCACAAGAAAAGGAUUACAAUGUUGUUGUUUUUAAAAAGAGUGAAACCUUGAUAAUGUCAUCGUGCAUCUUUGUUUCCA